AUGGAAGAGAAGAGAAGCAAGAGGAGGCGCGCCUGCUCGCCCGAACCAAACGCUGUAGUCUACGCCGGCUUCCCAUGCAAAUAUGUCGGCUAUCUCCUGCCAGCUCUCGCGAGAGCCACCUCCGGUGCUAAAGAACAAAAGAUCGAACAGGUGGUGCGGUUCCAAGUCGACAUGGCGCUGGUGCUCUCGGCCACUGGGUUCAAAUGGAGCCGCGCCUUGAAGCACAAGCUCGAGCGCAGCGAUCACAUAAUCGAGCUCCAGCGCCACCCCAUCGCCGACAGCAUCGAUUCAAAGCUUCAGCUGUUUCUGCCUCCCACCGUCGUCGUCCCUCGGCCUCUGUCUCUGUCUCUUGUUAGGCCAAAAAGCCUGAGCCGGAGGAGUUACAUUAGCUGCAGCAACAACAGCGUCAGAGGGGACGACGAGUUCAGCCGGCGCAUGCGAGCUCUGCAGAGGAUUUUGCCCGGCGGCAGCGAGAUGCGUCCGAGGGAGCUGCUGUCGGAGGUGAAGAGCUACAUGGUGUGCCUGCAGCUGCAGGUGAACAUCCUGAGGACUCUUGUGGAGAUCCACUGA